AAAUCGGGCGCCAGCACAGCAAUAUGACGACCUCUCCACUAUUCAGUCCUCUCAACAUUGGACAAUGUCAGCUUCAACACCGCAUUGUCAUGGCACCCAUGACACGAUUUCGCACGGACUCAGACCACGGACCUCUGCCAAUCGCCAAGGAAUACUACAGCCAGCGAUCACACACACCAGGCACGUUAAUAAUCACCAAAGGCACAGCCGUAUCGGAGAAGCUCGUGGGACUUCCCCAAUGGGCAGGAUGUUGGAGCAAAAGCCAGCUGCAGAAAUGGCAAGCCAUCACUGAAGAAGUUCACAGCAAGGGUUGCUAUAUCUUUCUGCAGCUUUGCUGUGCAGGUCGCACGGCAGACAGGGGAUUUCCCAAGCUCUCAUCUGGCAAUAUCCCCCUCGAGGCUGAAGCCAGUGCCAUAGAGACUGAAGAUGAUGACAGACCACCGGAGCCGAUGAGCGAGCAGGAAAUUCAUGACGCCAUACGCGACCACGCCACUGCUGCCCGCAAUGCCAUAGCCGCCGGCUUCGAUGGCGUGGAGCUUCACGGUGCUAAUGGCUACCUCAUCGAUCAGUUCAUCCAAAAAUCUUGCAAUAAUAGGACGGAUAAAUGGGGUGGCUCGGUUGAGAAUCGCUCGCGCUUUGCACUCGAAGUCACUGCCGCGGUUGUUGAUGCUGUUGGUGGUGAUCGUGUUGGCUUCCGCAUCAGUCCUCGGAGCACAUACCACUCUAUCGAGCCUCGGAAUCCGGAGUCUCAGUUCACUCAUCUGGUUACUGAGUUGCGGAAGUUGGACCUGGCUUACCUACACGUCAUUACGUCUCGUGUGGACAAUUGGUACGAUGUGGACCGCGUAAAGCCUCUGGAUUUUGUCUUUGAUAGCUGGCGAACAGACAUACCUGUCAUCAUCACUUGGGGGUAUGAUGGCGAGUCUGCAAAGCGCGCUGUUGAGGAGUAUAAGGACUUCAAGCUCGCCGUUGGAUUCGGUCGGUCGUUCGCUUCAACGCCUGAUCUUGUGGCUUGCAUUAAAAAGGGUAUCGCACCAAACCCUUUCAAUGGCGACCUGGCCUAUACUCCCGGUACCCCAAAAGGGUACAUCGACUAUCCUUUCCUAUCCUAAGUUUCGAUUCCAAGGCGCUAUGCCCUUGAGCCAGCAUUCUACAUACAUUUUCUUCAGAUCAUGAUGCAUCUCCCCGUCCGUCCUCAACCUCUGUAGCUCCCUCAUCAUCAGUGCCUUCUAUAUCGAUCCAGGCAUGCUCGUAUAUAGGCCUUUCGCUGCCAGGGUACCCUGUCGAUCAUAACCAUCCGAAUAUCCCACGUGUAGCUUCUUCGGAAUGUGCCUGUGAGAAGAAAUCAUACGUAUAAUGGUCGCGCACGGGAAGGUUCCUUUCAUGAGCGGGAUGUCCUGCUUUGUAUGGCAGUUGGUAAG